GGCGAUGCAGGAGCGCACGCUCGCUCACAUCGUUUACGUCUCCUUGCUCUCAAAGCAGCUUCUCCUCUCUGACAGGAAGCUUCUUCUCUCCAUCAUCAUCUUCUUCUUCACCUUCACCUCCCCGCUUUUGUCUCCUCGUGCCCUUCACCUCUAGCUCGCUCCCUUGAUCCCUUGCUCCCUCCCUUCCUCCUUUCCUCCUCAGCCAGGCCGUCCACUGAGGAGGACCACCAGUGAGGUAAGGAGAGCCCAGGGAGGAGAGCAGAGGGUAAACACGGUGGAUGGAGGAGGCGACCAGGACUUGACCAGAAGAAGAAGAUGGAGACAAAAAGCAGGAACGUGCCCUCAGAGAUCAGCUUCCUGCCUCGCCCGGCACUGGUGUGGUGCGAGCGAGGCAUUCAGGUGCUGCUGACCACCAUGGGAGCCUUUGCCGCCUUCGCCCUCAUGACGGUGGCCAUCGGCACUGAUUACUGGCUGUACGCUCGCGCCUUCAUCUGCAACAGCACGGCCAACUCGUCUUCAUCGCAGGACGACAGCAGCAGCAGCAAGGACAAGAAAGACCCGGGGGCGCUCACGCACUCUGGCCUGUGGAGGAUCUGCUGCCUGGAGGGCUUGAAGCAAGGUGUGUGUUCCCAGAUCAAUCAUUUCCCAGAUGACGCCGACUACGACCAAGACGCUGCCGAGUAUCUGCUGCGUGUCGUGCGGGCGUCCAGCAUCUUCCCCAUCCUGAGCGCUGUUCUUCUUCUGAUGGGUGGUGUGUGCGUAGCUUCCAGCGGCUUCUACAAGAGAAAGAGGAACAUCAUCUUGGGAGGCGGGAUACUAUUUGUGGCAGCAGGCCUCAGCAACAUCAUUGGAGUGAUCGUGUACAUCUCUGCAGCGCUCAGCGACAUUUCUCCCAAGAAGGACGAGGACAAGAAAUGGCACUACUCGUACGGGUGGUCCUUCUACUUCGGUGGUCUGUCGUUUAUCCUGGCGGAGAUGGUGGGCGUGCUGGCGGUCAACAUCUACAUCGAGAAGAACAAGGAGCUGCGCUGUCGUUCUCGCGCCGACCUCUUCAAGAGCACCACGCACGCCAUGUUGCGUCUGCCCAGCUAUCGCUUCAGGAGACGCUCGCGCUCCAGCUCGCGCUCCACCGACCCGCCCCGCUCUCAAGAGAACUCCCCCAUCGGCGCCUCCAAAACCUUCAGCCUGCCGCCGUCCGCCCCCCCGUUUUCCGUAGCCACCCUGCCUAACCCUCACCACGGCGGUGGCGGUGGAGGCGGGGAUAUCUCCAUGUAUACUCUGUCCAGAGACUCCAAGUUGGGCAGCCUGGGGGGUGGUGCCCCGCCCCUCUACGGCACCGUGGACCGCACCACGCUCUACCAGCUCCACAACUAUUUCCCCAAGGAGGCCGGCGGGGGUGGCAGCGGCGGAGGGGGCAGCGGCACGCUACCCUCCCAUUCAAAGUCCAACCUUGCGGCCGCCGCCCAGAACACGGCCCCACUGAAUAGUUCCUCAUCAGCCGCCCCUACCACCCCCCAGGCUCCGAUGUCCACCACCACCAUGGAGAGGGACAGGGGCAACGUGGGAACCCUGGACCGACUUACGGCCAAGAGGGAACGAGACAGCAACUCGGACACGCUCAACAGGAAAACCACGCCAGUUUAAGAGCUCUCGUCCAAAUAUGAGGCAACAGGAAGUCAAAGGAGGGCUAAGUUCUGUCCUCACAUUAGGACACCUAGCAGCCAUACGGACAUUAGGACACACUAUACGCACUAAAGUAUUGGGACACUCCCCUUAGUCAAUCAGGGUUCAUUAGACAUUAUUGUACGCUUCUUACUUGGAAACACUUCGGAGAAACCCCAUUUCUGUCUCCAGUGCCACAAAGUCAGGUCUUUAAAGCCAUGUUUGCAUGAGUUUGAUAUGAAAGAAUGUCAGUGACCACCAAUGGACAAUACUCUGUUCUACUUUUUCCCAGAAGACUUAGAUGCCCCAAUACUUUUGAGCAUACAGUGUGUGAUCAGCAGCUGACAUGUGUUUGAGACAUCUGCCUUAAAAUGACCCAAGACCUUCUUAGCAGGACCAGCAAGGGUCCAGACUAUGAAUAUUUAUAAUUAUAGUAAAUGUUCAUAAUUUAUUUAUUGAGUUUGUUAUUAUUAUACAUUAUAGUAUAUGUUAAUAUGUAUUUAAGUAUAUUUUUAACACUGUGUGGUACUUUUCAUUUUAGUAUUAAUACAUGUUAAUAUAUAAUUAUUUAAUACUAAUGUUAUUAUUUAGCAAUUUAAAUAUGAAUUUUAUGUAUAUAUGUAUUAUUUUAAAUAGUACUAUUCUUUGUUAGUAGGCAUCACUGUAAAAAAACAAAAAAACUACAACACUGCCAGGUGACUGCCUUCAAGUCUGUGAAAUAUUUGCUAAAUCACUUCGAGGUCAGUCAUCUUUUUUUUUCCUCUCACAGGAAGUUACAUGGUUCUUUCCAGAAGACAAACGCCUUUUUAUAGCGACGUAGUCUCUUUCUGUUUGUAAACCAAACAAGACUUUGUCGGACGUGCUGGACGUUAUGGACAUUUGACUGUUGUGAAGACAAAAUUUGGAUUUCCACAUUUUGGGUUGUAGCCAAUCUGAGACACUUCUCUAUUUCAGCGCACGCUCGCCGUCUACCCUCAUGAAACUAUGUGGUACUGCGGGCACUCGGUCUCUAGCUAAAGUACGUACUUUUUAAAGGUUUAGUUUUUUCAACGUGCUGACUGCAGCGUUUGAGCCUCAAAAGAAAAGCACAUUUUAAGAUGAAACAUCUCAAGCACCAAAUGAGGAACUCUCUAAGAAGCCUUCACUCUAUUCUCUAAUGUACAAAUAAUGUACAUGUAGUGUAUUCUCAGUACUUUGUUUCAUUGUUCGUGACUUUGCGUUUUUUAUGAUCUUUGUUGCUUUUUCUGCUCUCAGUGGACUUGACGUGUGCACAAAGUGUUGAUGGUCAAACAACUUCACUUCAAUUUUUAUUAUCGUUGUUUUGUUUGUUUGAUUUCUGCCUUUUUAUUACUGAGUGUAUUUUUCAUGUUCUGGCUCGUGUACUGAUGAGUGUAGGAAAUAGAAUUGAUGUUGAUUUAUUUAUUGGUGGAACGUAAAAGAUAUAUAUGUAAUAUAUUAAUGUGUGUCAUGUGACGUCAGUGCUGAGAAAUCGAGCUUCGUGUUUAAGCUUUUUGCCUCCAAAGCAGUGAUGAUAUACCGUAAUAAUUUGAACGUAAACGCCAGCUCCUUUUCCCAACACACAGCAUAUAUCAAAUUAGAACAAUAAAAGAAAGCAAUACGAAAUAGUGGUCAGAACAUCAAAUACAUAUAUGAACAUAUAUACAGGUAUACAGUAGAAAUAUUCAAUAAAACUUUUUGAAAAUC